AUGGAGACUUCAGACAUACAGUUGCAGCCUUUGCGAGUAUCCAAGAUCAGCCGUCUGCCAGGUCCAGCGGUUCACAUAGGACUGGCCGAACUGAACGAAUCGCAACACAAUGCUCGCGCGCAGACAGCAAUUCCAGCUCCGCCUGGAUUCAAGCCUCAUCUGAAAAGAGAGAUCCCACAGCCGGCACAACAACCCGAUCCGAAGCGCAAACCUUUGGCCGACCGGGCUGCCGAGUAUCCAGCGUCUGCUUCUACGUCUAUUUCUACAUCUGCUGCUAGUAAACUGGCUAUCAAGGGACAAACUUUGCCACAGCUUAAGCGACCGACUCGACACGCUACAAAUACAGCCGCCCCGACGUCACUGACCGGCUUUGCGAAGAGUUUCGGUCCCACCCGUAAUCAAGUUGAUCGAUCAAACCCAACAACGUUCCGAUCUAGCCAUGCCAGGUCAAAGAGUCAAGCCGCCAGGCCGCGGACGGCACACGGUCAUCGGCCAGAAGAACAUUUCGAAGACACAACAUCCACUAAUGCAUGGGACGUUGACGGCAGAGUUGAUAGCAUGGAAUCGCAGUUCAGGGAGCUGAAAGAUAUGGUGAACACGACGCUUGUGGAACGGAAAGGUCACGAGGAUGCCCUUGAACUUGCCAAGACCAGAGUCUCGGAGCUUGAAGAGCAUCGCCAGAGACUGGAGGAGCGAAACGAAGCCAUGAGAACAGACCUCGACGUGGCAAGAGACGAAAUCAGGCAAGCAAAGUACGAGCUAGAGAGGCUCCAAUGGCAGCAAAAGCGAGACAUCGAAGACUUGAACAGGCGGCAUCGGGACACCAUUGAUGAUCUCUCUAGGCAACACAGGACGGUUGUCGAGGAUCUUAGCAAAGAAUUGGAUCAGUUAAAAGAUGAAGAAACAAAAGAGCACCAGGCCAGAAUUGAUGCGCUGAAUCGACACUAUCAGCAAGAAUUGGAAGACGAGCGCCAAAAGAAAGACCGAGAGAUCCAGGAGCUCAGGGCACGCAUGGGCAACGAACAACAAGAUUUGAAUCUAGAGCUGCAGCGGAAAGAUCGAGAAAUCCGAGACGCUAGACUAGAGUGCGACAGUCUAAGGGACGACCUCGAGCGUGAGAAGUCACUCAAAGGCAGCCUCCAGACAAACAUUACAGAGCUAUCCGCGGCAAACACCACGCUAGAAGCCAAGAUCAACUCACUUCGGUCCCACGUAGAAUUCCUAGAAUCUGAUAGCAAAGCACAAUCGGACUCGUUUGCCAGUAUGGAGGCGAGGCUGCAAGAGGCUCUUGCUGCGGCCGACGAAGCCCGUCAAAAGCUCAUCAAGGAAGAAACGGAGAGGCGGGUCCUUUUCAACAAAUACCAGGAACUCAAGGGCAACAUACGCGUCAUGUGCCGAGUUCGGCCUGCCCUUACCGACGAUGCCUCCGCAGAGGCUGGUAUUUUGUUCCCCGAUGAGAAGACGUCGGCAGAAAUUGUCCUGGCGGGACCUGAAGAGAAAAGCAGUCUUGGCGUUGUGUCAAGAAAGAACUAUCCUUUCGAGUUUGAUCGCGUCUUUGCCCCCGUCGUUCAGAAUGAAGAAAUCUUUGGAGAAAUCUCUCAGCUCGUCCAGAGUGCUUUGGAUGGCUACAAUGUCUGCAUCUUCUGCUAUGGCCAAACGGGGUCUGGAAAGACCUACACCAUGUCCUCCGAGGAUGGCAUGAUUCCCAGAGCUACGCACAUGAUAUACGACACCAUGACAAAACUCAAGGAGAAGUCUUGGGAAUACACAAUGGAGGGUUCAUUUGUGGAAGUCUACAAUGAGGAACUAAACGACCUUCUUGCUCCCAACGACCGGUCUGCGGAGGCAAGGUCAAGAAAGUUGGAGAUCCGGCACGAUGAAGCCCGCAAGCAGACAACCAUUGUUAACUGCAAGACGGUCCAGCUCAACUCUGCGUCUAGUGUGGAGCGAAUCCUUGAGGAAGCACAAAAGAACCGGUCAGUUGCCGCCACCAAGGCGAACGAACGGUCUUCGCGGUCUCACAGCGUAUUCAUCCUGAAGCUCGUCGGUGAGAACAUGGCUACCGGCGAGCGGUGUGAAGGCACCUUGAAUCUCGUUGACUUGGCUGGAUCGGAGCGGUUGAAGCACUCACAAGCCGAGGGCGAUCGGAUGAAGGAGACACAGAAUAUCAAUAAGAGCUUGAGCUGUCUCGGUGACGUGAUUGAGGCUCUUGGCAGAGGAUCUGGUCAUGUUCCGUACAGAAACUCCAAGCUCACGCACCUGUUGCAAUACAGUUUAGGCGGCAACAGCAAAACACUCAUGUUUGUCAUGGUUUCACCAUUAGAGACGCACCUGAAGGAAACGCUGACAAGCUUACGCUUUGCUACAAAGGUGCAUAAUACCCACAUCGGCACGGCCAAAGCAACCAAGAAAAUCAGGGGAUCCGAAUAA